UUGGCACCAUCCAACCAAAAGUGAAUCAGUGUUUUUGUUUGGUUUCGAUUUCACUCGGCCAGCAGCUCCGCCAAUUGUGUCAGCAGCGAUUCCAAGCUAACUCAAGGGACAAGAAAGGUGUCAGAAACUUGUUCUCCGCGGUGCAUUUCUUCCUGACGUUUUACGCAUUUUCGACCGAAUAACUACAGCGGCUAACGGACUGGCUCAGCAAUUGUUAAUUGCACCAAACAAGUGUGGAGGAAGAGGGAGGUGGUCGAUGGUGAUAACACACAUGUGACUUUCGUGUGAAGGAAUGUCGUUAUAAGGCAACGACGACGACGACUGGCAAGUGUGACCAGAUUGUCACGGAGAGAAACGCUGCUUCAAAAAUCCAAUUCAUCAUGCAAAAUCCAGCGAAAGUAGCUCUACGAGCCAAAAUAAAAGACAUCCUAGCUUCGAUGACAUCAGCGGAUCGUAUCGCCCAAUCUGAGGCGGUUAAUCAGAAAAUCCUGCAGCUGCCGUUUUUCGAAAAUUGUCGAAGAGUCAGUAUCUACUUAAGUACUGAAAAAGAGGUCGACACUAUGCAACUAAUGCAGCUGUUGUUUCAGCAGAACAAGGAAGUCUUCGUCCCGACGUACAACCGCAGCUCGAUGCGAAUGGUUAAAAUCAACGACAUGACAGACUAUGAGGGGCUGCCAAAAACAAGCUGGAAUAUCAAGCAGCCAAAAUUCGACGAUCCCGGACGGGAAAAUUGUCUCGAAACGACAGCCGGUCUUGAUUUGAUUAUCCUGCCAGGAGUGGGCUUUACCAGAACUGGCAAACGCCUUGGCCACGGGGGUGGUUAUUACGAUCGCUUUCUACGCGAUUACUUCAGCAAGUUCCCCAAUUCUUCAACCGCCGAAGGACGCAAGACUUACCUUGUGGGCGUUGCCUUCCGGCAGCAAAUGGUCGAGGAAGCCCUGAUGCCCACUGAUGACCACGAUUUCCCGCUGGAUUUGGUCGUCUGGACAGCUGAAACGACAACGAAGACGAUGGACGCCCCCGCAUCGAUGGCGGAGACGGAACGUGGAAAAUAGAUUAACUGUGAUGAGCUCUGAACGCGGGAAAUGACAAUCGGACAGGAAUGAUGCUGCAGCUUUUUUUUGGAAAUUUUACAGUGCCAAAAUGAUUUUUGGCAUUUCAGGAAAAGUGUGAGUC